AUGUCCAGUAAAGAAUCAAACAUACUGGUAAAGGAUUGGCUAGAACUUUAUUCAGAACCUCUGGCAACGGCAUCUCGUCAAUCUGCUGAUGAAGUUUUAAAAUUGUUUCCUGCCGGGAAAGCUGCCACGAUUCUUGAUUUGAGAAAUGACCGUGCUCCAGGAUUCAUUCGUGACUCAGUCAAUGUUCCUGCCACUUCUAUCUCGGGGUAUUCAAAUAUAAAGGAUCAGGUGAUUGAUAAGAUAUAUGGGACUAAUCCGGGUACGAAUUACAUAAUUGUUCAUUGUAAUAGUUCAAAGAAUAGGGCCACGAAAGUGGCAGGUUGGAUCCAAGACUAUAUUAACGACCAGAAACCCGAGAACUUGGAGGUUUCAGUAUUAAAUGAGGGAAUAACGGGGUGGCUAGAGAAACCUGAGCCGUAUAGCUCAUUUGUAGUAAGAUACCCUUAA